AUGAAUAUAUCUGUAUUACUGAAUUUUGCGCAUGUGUUCAACCUGUAUGUGUCAUUGUAUUUUCGGUAUAUAAGGCUCAGAGCGGAUGCCUGCUGCAGUGUGCCCUCGGCUGCCAAACGAGACACACACAGCUCCCCCACAGGCUUUAAACAGCGUAGCAAAAUGGCCUUCCUUUGUCUCUUACUGCUGUUCGCGGCCGCCCACGCCGUCCCGGUCAGACAGAGCCAAGGCUGCAAUUUCCACAUCAGUCUUCCCAUUGGCGGAUCAACAGGCAUGACGCCUCCCUCUUGCAAUGCGUUUCGGCUUAGACAAUGCUCUUUUUCAGCGGAUUCACCUGCUGGCACCACCAUCCGAAUGCAGUGCUUCUUAAAUAUCGGCUUUAACUCCUUUUUCACCUUCUACCCAGGUGGAUCCUCUCCCCUCUACUGGACCUCCUUUUCGGGAACUAUCCUGCAAUCCACCAAUAGCAAUGCGUUCCUAGUACUGUUAACAGAUAACUGUGACACUGCUUUCUCCUGCACGCUUCAUGUGAUCGGCGACGCAGAGACUACGACAGAUCCUUCCACACCAACUGCUGAUCCAACAACAACUGCUGAUCCAACAACUUCUGAUCCAACAACCAUUGCUGAUCCAGCAACAACUACUGAUCCAGCAACAACUGCUGAUCCAGAAACAACUGCUGAUCCAACAACAACUGCUGAUCCAACAACAACUGCUGAUCCAACAACAACUACUGAUCCACAACAACUGCUGAUCCAACAACAACUGCUGAUCCAUCAAAUCCCCACAUCAGCAACACCCUCCAACAACACCGACUGCGACUGCGGAAUCAAGAACGAAGGGCGCAUCGUUGGCGGCCAAGAAGCGGCCGUCAACGAAUGGCCGUGGCACGCGGGGCUCAGAAGGACGUCGGACAACGUGGUCUACUGCGGGGCAGCGCUUAUAAGCCCCACGUGGUUAGUGACAGCCGCUCACUGCCUGAUAUAUUCUCCACAGGAGAUGGUUGCGCUGCUGGGUUACCACGACGUGACGCAACCGCUGGCAAGUGCAUACUCUACCACUGUAGGCGUCGCUUCGUACAUCAGCCAUGAAGCAUACAACGCAGAUACAGUAGACAACGACAUAGGUCUUGUCCAGCUUGCGGUCGCCGUUUCCUUCAACCUGGGCGUCCGCCCGAUCUGCCUGCCGUUCUCCUUCGCCGGCGAAGAUUUCCAGAGUGAAACCGGCGUCGUGACAGGCUGGGGCACAACCUCGUUCCAAGGAGAAUUAAGUGACGUGCUGCUGGACGUCGAACUCCCGGUCCUCACGACUGCUGAGUGCAAGGCCUUCUACGGAGACCGAGUCACGGACAACAUGAUGUGUACGUACGAGCCAGGGUCGGACGCCUGCCAGGGGGACUCCGGGGGCCCCCUCGCGUGGUCCUCUGGAGGAAACUAUUACCUGAUCGGCGUCGUCUCCUGGGGAGAAGACUGCGCGGCGGUAGACAACCCAGGAGUCUAUGCCAAAGUCACCAAGUAUACCAGUUGGAUACAGAACAACAUAGCCGAGGACAUUUGCUCGCCAUAAAAAAAAAAAAAAGCAUGAUUUGAUAUGACAGCUGUUGUCAUCUUUUAUAUCAUAUGACCUUGAAUUUUAAAGCAUUAUUUGAUAUUCAACAAGCUUCUUGUUUUAAUUAAAUCAGCCACAUAUUCAACUUUCACCAUUUUGAGGGAAUUUCAACACCGUUUUCUCCCACUGCCAUAUCCUCUCUUUAUUUCUGCAUGGCAACAAUGUAAGACGAAAGCUGUACCAUUGGUGAACGUGUAUUAGUUAUAUUAGAUCUCGAAUUGGGUAAAGAGUAAAAUUUCUGAAUUAAAA